UGUUGUAGAGGGAUUUGGAUUGAGAGAACGAGAUGUUAUUAUUGCUGUUAAGCGUCAAGCAGAUAUCCAUCGACUGGAAAAUACUCUUUUCCAUUUGAAGUUCUCAAUUUAUCUCAAAGGCCCACCGGUUCGGUACUUGCUUCUGAUUGCUUCUGAUUAGGCAUACAUCUAGCUGUAGUAUUAGGGGCCGGAAAACCAGAAUAUCCGCUAUGCUAAUUCGACCCAUGAUAUGCCUCCCCAGAGGUUCAGUGCUUUGAUUUAGAUAUAAGCAAAAUCAAAACAAUCUCGCAUAAACAACCGGGGGCGCAGGUGUUGGUUUUUGCCUCUGCUAUCAUUCGGUAGAUUUUGGAGGACUGGCCUAUUCCCGGCGACUAGUUUCUCCAGCAGGUAUUCAAAACACUUGCCAUCUAGUAACUGGUAAACAAGUGGCCUGACUCGACCGAUCGUGUAUAAAUACAAGUCUCUGCUGAUCGACGAAGUUCAGUUGAUACUUUUGACCGCUUGAGGAUAUGUCGCAGUAUAAGUACCUGUCGGGUUUUGGCUCGCACUUUUCCUCCGAGGAUGAGCGGUAUCCCAACUCCUUGCCGCUGGGUCAGAACUCGCCUCAGGUUUGUCCUUACAAACUUUAUGCAGAGCAACUCUCAGGAAGCGCCUUCACAGCGCCAAGAACCGAAAACGUAAGAACCUGGCUCUACAGAAAACUGCCUUCGGCAGUGCAUCAGCCAUUCCAGCCGUUUAAAGGAGCGCCCUACUUCAAGCAAAACUGGGAUGAGCAGCCACCAAACCCAAAUCAGCUUCGCUGGAAACCCUUCGAUUUGCCGCCUCAGCAGGGCAGGAAGGUUACUUUCGUAGAGGGUCUGCAUACGGUCUGUGGCGCUGGGGAUCCUAGAGCUCGACAUGGGCUGGCGAUCCACAUAUACUCGUGCAACGAGUCCAUGGAUAACUCGGCUUUCUACAACAGCGAUGGUGAUUUCUUGAUCGUGCCUCAGCAGGGAAUUUUGGAUAUAACCACCGAGAUGGGUCGAAUGAAAGUGGCACCCAACGAGAUUUGCGUGAUCCCUCAGGGCAUUCGAUUCGCUGUCAGUGUGAACGGUCCCUCCAGAGGCUAUAUACUGGAGGUGUACGAUGGUCAUUUCGUUUUGCCAGACCUGGGACCCAUCGGUGCCAAUGGUCUGGCCAAUCCCAGGGACUUUGAAACGCCAGUGGCUUGGUUCAAUGAUCGACCCAUCGAAGACUUCCAGGUUAUAUCCAAAUUCCAGGGCAGUCUCUUUGUUGCCCAGCAGAAUCACAGUGUCUUCGAUGUGGUGGCCUGGCAUGGAAACUAUGUUCCCUACAAAUACGAUCUAUCCAAGUUCAUGGUCAUCAAUUCGGUGAGCUUCGACCACUGCGAUCCCAGCAUCUUCACAGUCCUCACGUGUCCAAGUCUGAGGGCUGGAACCGCCAUUGCCGACUUUGUCAUCUUCCCACCCAGGUGGUCCGUUCAGGAGCACACGUUCCGACCGCCCUACUAUCACAGAAACUGCAUGAGCGAGUUCAUGGGCUUGAUUUUAGGUAAAUAUGAGGCCAAGGAGGAUGGCUUUGCCGCUGGUGGAGCCACUCUCCACUCGAUUAUGACCCCACAUGGUCCGGAUGUAAAGUGCUUUGAGGGCGCCUCGAAUGCGAAACUUGUGCCGGAACGUAUCGCUGAGGGAACACAGGCCUUUAUGUUCGAGUCCUCGCUGAGUCUGGCCGUGACCAAAUGGGGAGAGGACACAUGCCAGAAGCUGGAUGGCGCUUACUACGAAUGCUGGCAGGCCCUAAAGGAUAAUUUUACCCUUGGCAAAGCUCAGAAAUAGUUCUUGUGCCAAAUUAAAGCACAGAAUAUAUACGUACUAAUAAUAUGUAAUUACGUAUAUGUAUAUAAUUGAAUCACAAACACAUAAACAUUGAUGGACGUCA